AUGCGCAGCAUUGUUCCCACCGCGAGAUACCAUGGGACUCGGAGGGCGAGAAAAUGGCAGAUUCAACUUCUCUUGGGCCUAUCACUAUUUCCCAUUAUAUGCCAGAGUCAAGAAACCAAAUCGAACGCGACAGGACCAGAUCCUUCUACUUGUGCUCCAGACGCCAAUUUGCAAAGCACAUUCUCGUCAUCGACGAGAAUCAGACACUGGGUGAACCAGCCCGACUAUCGAGGCACCUUUGAUAUUCUCUGGACAUCGAUUGUGACGAUAUUUAUCAGCACGUAUAGCAUGUUGUGUCUCAAUGUGCCUGCUCCCAAGGACAGCUUCUCCACUCGUUUCCGCCGCCGUCUGUUAUGGAUGGCCCUUGGUAUUCUGGGCCCUGAGUUCCCUCUCACAUAUGCUGCGGGUCAAUGGAGCCGAGCGAAACAAUCUGUUGUGUCCUUCAACGCGUACAAUUACAAGGACUGGCACAUGCGGCAGGCGUUCUUUGCCGAUAUGGGAGGCUUCGUGUUUCACGCCCGCGAUGGCGAACCUUUCCCAAUCAACGCAACUCAGCUCCACUGGCUUGUUGUCAAUAAAUUUGUCGAAUAUCCCGCCAUUACCCGCAAAGAAAUUUGGGACAAGUCUAAGCAAGACACAUUUACCAAAGUUGUUACCGCAUUUCAAAUUUCCUAUCUGAUCAUCCAAUGCAUCGCUCGUGCUAUUCAAGGUCUGGCGAUCACAACCUUGGAGCUCAACGCGCUUGCGAUUGUUGUCUGCUCGCUCAUGACAUCUUGUUUCUGGCUUCACAAACCAGCAGAUGUCCAGACGCCCAUCCACAUCCAUUCGUCCCACUCCCUUGCCGAGAUCACGCUCAACCGCGACUGGAGCUUGACGCCGCUGGAUUUUAUUGAUGAAAAUGGCCCUGGGUAUUCCGUCAAUGUGCAACCUUUCAUGAAGAUGCCAGUCAUUCCUCCAGAGAGGCCGAUCCAACGGAUUCCCAACGACAGGUUUCCGACCAACCCAUAUGGUAUACAAGAAUACUUUCUAUGCUUUGCUACGUUGCUUUUCACUGCCAUUCACGUGGCUGGCUGGAGCUUUGAAUUUCCAAGCCGCAUAGAGCGCCUGCUCUGGCAUAUCUGCUCGCUUCUCCUCUUCGGUAUUACUGCCGCAUUCUGGAUCUUUGAGACCGCGGCGUCCUGGACACGCCUGGGCCGUUGGAGGACGAUAUAUCUGUUCGUCUUCAACCGAAAAGCGUUGGCAGAACACAAGAUUCGUCUAGCUCGACGAUCGGCCACAAUGAAGAGAAAGUCCGAGCAAUUGCCGGUGCCCUGGGAGUUUGCAACGAUAACGCCAUUGGCGAUCAUAUAUGGGGUGGCCCGAUUCUAUCUAAUUGCAGAGGCGUUUGCAGAGUUGAGAAACGUGCCAGGGACAGCAUACCUCAACGUACAAUGGACGGAUUUCAUUCCACACAUAUGA